CUUCAAACGACUAUAAAAUAGCCCUCCCCACCAAUGCGUCUCCACAACCAAACAAACACGUUCCUCCUCCUCCUCCUCCUCCUCCUCCUCCUAGCUUCCUUCAAUUAGCCACAUCCUCUAUCCUUUUUCAUUACAAAUACAUGGCUUCUAACAUGAGCUUGAAGACCCUUGCUGUGCUGGCUCUUGCCCUUGCCGUCUGUGUGCAAGCCACCCUAGGAGCAAUAACAUGCGAGGAUCUAGACAAAGACACAUGCGCAUUCGCUGUGUCGUCGUCCAGCAAACGCUGUGUGCUUGAGAAGCAUGUGCGGAGAAGCGGAGAGGAAGCAUACACGUGCCGCACAUCAGAGAUUGAGGCAGAUAAAUUGAAGGACUGGGUGGAGAGUGAGCAGUGCAUCAAGUCUUGUGGGCUUGACCGCAAAUCCUAUGGCAUCUGCUCAGACUCUCUCCUGGAGUCUCGCUUCACCCAAAAGCUUUGCUCCCCUCAGUGCUACAACACCUGCCCCAACAUUGUUGACCUUUACUUCAAUCUUGCCGCUGGUGAAGGGGUAUUUCUACCAAAAUUAUGUGAAGCACAGGGAGCAAAUGCUCGUCGACAGAUGUCGGAGAUCCGUAGCUCUGGAUUUGUUGCACCAGGACCAAUCCACCCUGCAAAUUUGGUAGCACCCGGACCAAUUAAGUCAGCCAAUUUGGUAGCAUCCACACCAACAGAGGUUGCUCCAGCACAGCCUCCUUACUAUAACUAAGUGCACUAUCAUUCCAUACAUGAGGUUUCAUAGGGCUGAGUUUUCCAGCCUCCCUGCCUUUCAUGUUACACCAAAAUAUCAAUGUGUUUUAUUUAAAUUUAUACUAUAAGUAUAUUGUAAACUCAGAAAUACUACGUAGAUUUAUUGUGUGGUACAAUUAAGGUAAUCGUGUUCUAGAAAUAGUCAUCCAGCUUUGUAUGCUUUAAUAAUGGAAUUUAAAAUCCUAUCUUUUUUUCGCUCAUAAAA